AUGGUGUCUUGUUUAUGUAAAUGUGUUCCCUUUUUGAAGUUGAUAAUGCAAGAUACUAUUACCUUUGGUUUGGAGAGGGCUAUUUCCACAGGAAAUUGGGAUAUUAAACGUUUUAGGAUGCAUAGGAAAGGUGUAUCUCAGGUUCUUUCAAGGCUAUCCUACAUGGCAACUUUAGGCUACAUGACGCGGAUAACACCCCAAUUUGAGAAGACUCGUAAAACAAGUGGUCCACGUGCUUUGCAGCCUAGUCAGUGGGGUAUGCUUUGCCCAUGUGAUACUCCUGAAGGAGAAGCUUGUGGAUUGACAAAAAAUUUAGCUUUGCUUUCUCAUAUCACAACAGACCAAGAGGAGGGCCCACUGAUAGAUCUGUGUUAUAGUCUAGGCGUGGAGGAUUUAUUGUUUCUAUCGUCUGAAGAAAUUCAUGCGCCGGGUUCAUUUUUGGUCACGCUCAAUGGAUUAAUACUGGGGAAACACAAAGAUCCUCAGAGGCUUGUUAUUGAUUUGAGGAAUUUACGUCGAUCUAACGUAAUUGGCGAGUUUGUAAGCAUUUUUAUUAAUGAGAAACAGCGUUGCGUUCACAUUGCCUCUGAUGGUGGCCGUGUUUGUCGCCCACUUAUAAUUGCUGAUAUGGGGAUAUCAAGGAUCGAUGAGACUCACAUGACAAAACUGAGGGAUGGAACUUAUGAUUUUGAUGAUUUUCUGAGUGGUGGGCUGAUUGAAUAUCUUGACGUCAAUGAAGAGAACAAUGCACUGAUUGCGUUGUAUGAGCACAUGGAUCAAGAUGAUGUUGAAAGAAGCAGCAUCACACACAUUGAAAUAGAGCCAUUGAGUAUCUUAGGGGUUGUAUCUGGACUUAUUCCAUAUCCACACCACAACCAAUCUCCACGUAAUACUUAUCAGUGUGCAAUGGGUAAGCAAGCGAUGGGAAAUAUUGCAUAUAAUCAGUUGUUCAGAGCAGAUUCACUACUGUACUUACUAGUGUAUGCACAACGUCCACUGCUAACGACGAAAACUAUUGAGUUGGUGGGGUAUGAUAAACUUGGUGCUGGGCAGAAUGCCACUGUUGCUGUCAUGGGAUAUAGUGGUUAUGAUAUUGAAGAUGCAAUUGUGAUGAACAAGUCAUCCCUUGAUCGAGGGUUUGGCCGUUGCAUAGCAUUGAAAAAGUACACAGUUUUAAAGGACAACUAUGUAGAUGGUGUAUCGGAUAGGAUUGUUAAACCCCAAAGAGAUAAAGAUGGUGUUUUGAUGAAGCAGAAUAUGAGAGCAUUGGAUGAUGAUGGAAUUGUCGCACCUGGUCAAAUUAUUCGCAAUCAUGAUAUCUAUGUGAACAAGCAAACUCCCAUGAACACUUCAAAAGGUAUAGGUAGGCCAUUGACAGACAGGUGCUACAAGGACUCCCCUGCCAUUUACAAAGGUGUUGAUGGUGAGACUACUGUCAUAGAUCGUGUAAUGCUGUGCUCAGAUACAAAUGAUAAGUUGUCCAUUAAGUGUAUUAUUCACCACACUAGAAGGCCAGAGGUUGGUGACAAAUUCAGUAGCAGACAUGGGCAGAAAGGUGUUUGUGGUACGAUUAUUCAGCAAGAAGACUUCCCCUUCUCUGAGAGAGGAAUCUGUCCUGAUUUAAUCAUGAAUCCACAUGGUUUCCCAAGUCAUAUGACAAUAGGUAAAAUGAUCGAACUUCUUGGUGGAAAGGCUGGUGUUUCUUGUGGUCGAUUUCACUAUGGCAGUGCAUUUGGUGAGCCAAGUGGUAAUGCUGACAAUGUUGCAGACAUAAGCUCUACUCUAAUUAAGCACGGCUUCAGCUAUGGUGGAAAAGAUUUCUUGUACUCGGGAAUUCUUGGUCAGCCACUUGAGGCAUACAUCUUCAUGGGGCCAAUCUACUAUCAGAAACUGAAGCACAUGGUUCUUAAUAAGAUGCAUGCUCGAGCUAGUGGACCACGGGUGUUACUGACCAGGCAACCAACUGAGGGGCGAAGCCGUGAUGGAGGCUUGCGUCUUGGUGAAAUGGAACGUGAUUGUUUGAUUGCAUAUGGUGCUAGCAUGCUAAUAUUUGAACGGCUAAUGUUGUCAAGUGAUCCUUAUCAAGUCCAGGUUUGCAGAAAAUGUGGCUUGUUAGGCUACUACAAUCAUAAACUGAAGACAUCAUACUGUUCAAUGUGCAAAAAUGGGGAAAAUAUGGCCAAGAUGAGGCUGCCAUAUGCUUGCAAGCUUUUGUUCCAGGAAUUGCAUGCAAUGAAUGUUGUUCCACGCUUGAAGUUAACUGAAGUAUAA